UCACAAGGACCCCGAGGAUAACCCAGUGAAGGAUCAUGACAGUGCUUGCCAUGGUGUUCCAAAAGCGUUGACAAGAGCAGGUUGGAGUCUGAUCGAUGACACGACCUAGCCCUAUCGAGAGUCCACCAAAUGGCGAGAUGGGUGCUGUCGUAGUGCCCCACUAGUCGCCGAAGUUGCGGUGUUGCAGGAGCAGAUCCGCAGGGGAGUCUCCAGCCUCGGGCUCAAGUUGAUCACUUGGCGCAUAUGGUGAAGGCAAAUUUGGAGGAAUCAAGAUGAUAAUACUAGGUUUGCGCAUACUUAGGCUUGGGCGUUCAGUCGGUGUUCAGAAAGGGCUUCGGAUCGACAGAAUGUCGUGCGGUCAAUGUCCUGAUUGAUCAUCAUCUGUCGCCAGGAUUUGGUCUUGUGCCUCGGCUUUCCAGUGCUACGCCUAGAGCACUCCAAUAUCCCUGAUGCUCGACUCUGAUUGCUUCAAUCUGUCAUACAACCUAUUGCAUUCUGGACUCGAGCGGUUGUAACGUGUUUUGCUCCACCCCGACGGAGGAUGUUACAAUUCGCACAGGUUGAUCGAAUGCGACGGCCUGUGGAUUUCAAGUGCAAUUCCCUGGAGCGGCUUUAGUUAGACCUUCAUGUAUGCUCAGGAGGCCGUGCAGUUCUUAGGAUUAGGAGAGCCCAGAAUGGUUAAAAAAUUAAUGCAAGCCGAGCCUGAGGAUACGAACUAUCUCUUAAACCCUUUCCUCAAGUCUCACAAUGUAAGAAUCUUGGGUAGCGGAGACGAGUGGCUGGUGUUCGGGCACGGCUUCGGUAGUGAUCAAUCCGUCUGGCAGCUAAUCGUUCCUCACUUCGCAAAGAGCUACAAGAUUCUUCUCUUUGACUUGAUGGGCGCUGGGUCCACCAAUCCUCACAGCUUCACCUUCUCUCGUUACAACACUCUCUACGCCCACGCGGACGACUUACUGACGAUUCUCGAUGAGUUGGGCAUCGACAGCUGCACAUACAUUGGGCAUUCCAUGUCUGGCAUGAUAGGAUGCAUAGCGUCAAUUGAGAGGCCGUCCGUCUUCAAGAAGCUCGUUCUCAUAGCGACUUCACCGAGGUACAGUAACGACGGAGAUUACAUCGGAGGGUUUGAGAUGGAGGAGCUUCAUGAGCUGUUCGCCGCCAUGCGGUCAAAUUUCAUAGCCUGGAUUACUGGAUUCUCACCCAAGGCCGUGGGAUCCGAUAUCCAGAGCUGGCCAGUUCAAGAGUUCAGCCGCACACUCUUUAAUAUGCGACCAGAUAUUGCCCUUAGUAUCUGCAAGACAUGCUUCGCAAGCGACCUCCGCCCUCUCAUUCCACAGGUUGGAUCCACUAUUUAUCACCCCAAUUCUUGUACAAUUACCAGUUUGUUCUCAUCCAUCGUGUAAUUGUCUUUAAUUUCUUGUCGGUUUGGUACAAGUGACGAUUCCAUGCUAUCUAGUGCAAAGUGGAGUUGAUGCAUCCCUGUCCAUCAAAGUGGUGAAGUAUAUGGCUGCUAACCUCGGCGGCAUGUCGCAUGUCGACAUUCUGCAAGACAUCCAAGGUCACUUGCCUCAUCUUGCCCACCCUGAAGCGGUGAUCGCUAUGCUUCAACGUGCGUUUCAAUGGAGUGGGUGAUGCUGCAAGUGAAUCCUCACUUCUCCAUACUGUGGACGAUGUAGCAGUCAUCACCGACCAACAGGUCUUAACUUAGCAUCGGAAACCGAAAAAAACGAUCUGCAGUUCACGUUCUCUAAACACUUCCGUUUGGUGUCGUGUAUUAUUUUUGUGGAACAAGAUCUGUGUCCCCCUAAACUACUUCGCUGACAGUGAUCAGCGUUCAGGAUGUGAAACUGGUUUUAUCUCUGGAAUGAUGGAUGCUUUCACAGAA